AUGUCGUACCCGUUUGGGCAGUUUGCGUCCAACUCGUAUCACAAGGCUUUCACGGACUGUGCCUCGCGCGCCCUGAAAGCCUGGCGGCCGGCCUUGAGCGUCGAACGGCAGCAAUGGUGGAAUGCAAUGUGGCCACACUGGCCGCCGAAGGAUGCAACCCCUCUGAUGGCGAUCGAGCCCUUCGGAAAAAAUCUCUUUGUGCACAACGCCCGCUCCGCCGACGUCAACGCGCUACCCGACCCUCGCGCGCCUUGCCAGCUCGAUCAUCGUCCUGACUGGGUACAGGAUCAGUUUGUUAAAGACUGCGGACCGGAAACUAUGCGCCAGGAAACGAGGCUGUGGCCCUCUGCGACUAAGACAGGUAUUUAAGUGGUUUCUUAUAAUAUAUCGCAAAGUGAAGGAAGUAGUAGAAGAAGAUUGUUCAGCCUCUUUCAACAGCUCGAAAAUCGAGCAAAAACAUGGUGUCAGCGAACCAGUGCAGCUUUCUCGAAACCAUGGAUCUUCGCAGCUGGUGCGACAGACAACUCGUGCUACUCCAAUCGGCAAGCUUUUCGCACAUCGUCACAGGUGACACGUUUCCGUGCAGUAGUCACGGUAAGCCGCGGGUGGGCAAUUUUUAUCGGCAGCGGCUGGACCCGAGGGCACAAGAACGGCCGGAAGCCCGCCAGCAGCCCAUGCUGUGCCUGACCGACUACCGACGGCGCGUGCUGGGCUAUCUGUCGAGAGAGGAGUGGGAGGAUUUCCGGCGGGCGCUUCCGGUGCUGAAACAGCAACUACAUGAGUACACAGAAACCACGCCGCCGCCAAGCGAGGACAUGGACAAAAUAGAGGCACAGCAGCGGCAGUACCUGCCGUACCGUCGCUACAAAAUCGGAACGAACAAGUCUUGCAACCACACGGGCUACCAUGGGCACCGGCGCCCAAAGAUUCACCCGCACGCCGGGUUUCAGCGAAUGUUGCGGCGCCGUGGUUACAUCAAAAAGGCGCACGUCCUGGGUAUGACCCGACAUUUUGAGGGCCGCCUCAUACCAACACACCCAAAUACCAUGUGUGCCACAUACGGCUACUUCCGCCAGCACGCACUGAACCGCAAGAUGGCACCGCACGGUUUCAUGCAGCGGCCCAGUCGCGUUUCCAAGUAGAAGUAGAUGAGGAGAUCUGCGGCUUCGGCUUGGCGACUAUGUUGUCGUGCAAGCAAACGAACGGCAACAUCGGGAUUCGUUUCAAGAAAGAACUUUUGCAGACGCACCUCAAUGUGAAAAUGAACCGUUACCUCCAGACAAAACUCGCAGAGAGAGAGACUCUCACGUGACUUUUGCUUCAGUGAAGAAGUUCCGUUUCGUUAUUCCUUUUGCAGUACACUCCUAAGUAUUCAG